CGCCCCCCAUGCGCCAGGCGGCCGGACAGCGGCGUCGGGGGGCGCCAUGGCCUCAGCGGCGGCGGGCGAAGCGGAGGAAACCACCCGGCUGCGCAAGCCGCGCUUCUCGUUCGAAGAGAACCAGAUCCUGAUCCGGGAGGUGCGCGCCCACUACCCGCAGCUCUACGGCGCGCAGAGCCGUCGGGUGAGCGUGGCGGAGCGGCGGCGCGUGUGGGACGGCAUAGCCGCCAAGAUCAACGGCAUCACCAGCUGGAAGCGCACGGGCCAAGAGGUGCAGAAGCGCUGGAACGACUUCAAGCGCCGCACCAAGGAGAAGCUGGCCCGCGUGCCGCACUCCACGCAGGGUGCCGGGCCCGCCGCUGAGGACGCCUUCUCCGCGGAGGAGGAGACCAUUUUCGCCAUCCUGGGUCCUGGUGUGGGGGGAUCAGGGGCUGGUGCCGGGCCAGAGGAGCCCCCUGCAGCCGCCCCCUCACAGCCGCCCGCCUCCUCACAGCCGCCCGCCCCUAGCGCCUGUGCCCAGCGCUAUGUGUUGUCGGAGGACCGCAGGGAGGACCGACGGGCAGAUACACCAGCCCACAGCAAGGGGGGCUCCAGCAGCCCGGAGCCCUGGGCCCGGCCCUCCUGCAACCCCCAGGAAGGGGGCUGCCCACGGUCCAAGGAGCGUGAGUCCCCGCCCCCUCCGGCCCUGCAGACGGUCCAGCUGCCCCGCCUGGCCUUGUCUCCACCACCCUCAGCCCCUCCACCGCCACCCGCGCCGCUGGCCCAAGUGGCACCCUCAUCUCCCAGCCCCCCGCCCCCUCCUAGGCCUCCUCCCACGCCCUCGGUCCCAGACCCCUCCCUGGACUUCCUGCGGGCCCAGCAGGAGACUGCCAAUGCCAUCCGGGAGCUGGCUGGCACCCUUCGGCAGGGACUGGCCAAACUGAGCGAGGCCCUCAGCGCCCUGCUGCCCCUUCUGCCGGGAACCCCGGUCGACCCGCUCCCCGCGCCGCCGCCCCCGCCCCCUCCCGCGCCUCCCAGGCCCCCGCCGCCCCCGCCCGCGCCCAAGGUGGAAGUAACCCCAGAACCCGUGUCUGUGGUGGCUGCUGUCGUGGAUGGGGCUGUGGUGGCAGCCAGAGGAGUCAUCAUAGCCCCUAGGAGCGAGGAGGGGGCGUCCCGGGCGACCCCAGCCCCGCUCCCUCCGCACGACUCCCCCCCACACAAGCGGAGGAAAGGGUUCCCUGCGCGGAAGAGGCGGGGCCGGUGGAAAUCGCCCUGAAACCUCCCUGCCGCUGCUGCCUGCGCCCCUUCCCCACAGCUUGGCGCAGUCGCGAGAGGGGCGAUGCUCCGACCCCUCCCUGCUGCACCCUGGCUCCCUGCUCCAGGGGGUGAGCACCCCACUCCCUGUGCUAGUUAGUGCCUGAUUCUCUGGGGACCUCUUCGCAGGCUUCCCCAGCCCCUUUCUCUGGUACAAUGCUGUCUGCCUGGCUGCCUCCCCUAGCCCUGACUUCUAAGCCAUCUAUUUUAUGUUAUUUAUUAUAAUGCCCUUUGUGGGUUGGGGUGGGGGGGACCUCUCGGGUCUGCACAUCCCCUCUGCCCUAACAACUCCUGUUCUUAACUUGAAGAGAAUUGACCCGUGGGGGCCUCCCCAACCCAGACUUUGGAGGGGGUAAAAAUUGCUAGACAAAUCAGAAUAUGGAUGACAAAGAGGAUGUAACUAUCUGUACCCUAAGGAGAGGAGGGCAGGGUUCUGAUUGAGAGGUGUGGGUUGGCUCCUCCACCUCUCAUUGCCUCUCUGACCUCCGGAGCUUAGCCCCCUCCUUUCUCCUCAGUGGUGACAAGAUAUCAAUAAACUUAUUUUUCAUACAAUUA